AUGUUGCUGGCCUUGACAUGUGGAGCACUACUGGCGACCGGACAUCACCUGUUCUACUUGAGCCUUGCUGGCGAGGUCGCUCCAACAGGGUCCUAUAAUCUCGCAGGGGCGACUGUCUCGAAACAACAAUUCAACACGGCAGCUGGGACCGCUUUUGCGUUUCUAGUCAAGGCCAUGUUGGCACUAGCUGUCACUGUGGCCUACACGCAGACGUUCUGGCGAGCUCUACAGGUGUCACACAAGGGCCUCAAGCUCCCUAGCAUCGAUACCAUGCACGGAGUGCUAGCGAAUGCUGCGGAUCUUUUCAAGGUUCACGUAUGGUGGAAACGGCCUUUGCUGCUUUUGCUAGCUAUCAUCGCAUGGUAUAUGUCAUGGUGUAUUCCGGUAGCGUCUAUUGUCACGCCUUCAACACUCUCGGUAGAGAGUGCUCUUGUUCAGCCAGCUCCUUUGAUACCGGCACAUGUGCCAAAAUUCGAUUUCGUCAACCUCAAUUUCCUUGCCGGCAUGAGAGGGAGUGGACCGAGCAACGAGAAUUAUACACAGUACUGCUAUGAAGGACCUGGCCAGCUCGUGCAAAGGAUCGCGAGCGCAGUGGCUGCACAGGGACAGAUACUGCCUAUAUCGCCGCCAGCAUCGAACACUAGCUGGACUCUAGACUACUCUGGGCCCGCUUUGCAGUGCAGCAAUGUGAUUGGCCAACAGAGGACUGCCAUCUGGGACAACAUCUUCGAAUACCUCAACAAUGCCACAAGAUGUAGGAACUCGCCGGGUUAUCUGUCUUGGGUGGAGAUCUCCCAGACGGCACCAUAUCCGUUCGCCUACAGCAACGGCAGUAUGAGACUGGCUGACUCUUCUCUAUCGAGCGGUAUCCCAACUGCCCUAUGGGUGGCCACCAUACCUGAGAUGUUCACCAGCAUUCUUAUGGGAGACGAGCUCUACCCUGGUGCCUGUAUGAUGCAAGUCCAAUUCGGCAGGGCUAAGAAUGUCAGCGAUACAAUGGGCUACAAGAAAACUGCUGAAGCUACGUAUUUUGGUAAUGCCACACUGUUGCGGUGUACAGCCCUCAACGCAUCCCAGACAGCGAGCUUCGACUACACCAAUGGCUUCCAGCAUGUUGACAGCAAGCUCACAAAUGCCACAGAAGUUGAGCCCGUUGUGCCUGUCAGCUGUGUCACAGGACCUGCCGACCUCUACCAAGGGCCAAACAGUCAUUAUACACAAGCUAUGGCAGAUUGGUCCCUGGCUAAUCUGAACAACGGUUCGUGCAGCACCCUGAACAUGAUCGGCCAGCAAUGUGUCUUCCAGCCUGACCUGGCAAAGCUGCUAUCAUACCAGGCCAUAACCGACGCUUUCAAUCGGAAGAUCAUUGGAUCGAUAGGACUGGGAGAUGGCACCACAACUGUACCUACUCUGACAACCACGUCUGCGAUAACCGAGAGCAUAUUGAUGGAUACUGCGGAGCUUGACUUUGUUGCGCGCUGGCGCUUCGGCAGCACACUUGACCCUAACUCGGUAGGCUUAGAUCUGCAAUCCAUGGUCCAGGCUGGGAGGGGCACGUUGAUGUCAGGCUUGGUGAGUACGAACACGACUGGGACACGCGGCAACCUUCAGAAGACGCUGGAAGAGCUUUUCCAGAAUAUCACACUGAGUCUCCUGAGCGAGCAGUAUCUACAAGCAAAUGCCUCCUCACCAUACGCCUCGCCGGCCUUGAUCAAUGUUGCACUUCAGACAUACCGAAACACAUACGUCUACUCGAGAACGACACUGUGGAUCGCAUACGGCUUAGCUUUGCUGUUCGCCGCGCUCGCUGUCACGAUCGGGCUCGCGUCGAUACUGCUCAUGGGCAGUGCUUUUGAGAACACCUUCUCUACGAUAGUUCGUGUGGGUCGUAUCAGCAUGGUGACGGAAGAUAUCGACGAAUGUGACGGCAGGGGUACUGCACCAUUGCCUGGACACCUUCGGAAGGCUAGGAUGGUUAUGGAUGAGAAUGGUCCGACGUUGAUACAAGAGGUCGUAAAGUGUAAAUGA